UACAGAAGGGCUUAUAGCAGAUAUCGACUCCACAACCUUGUCAUCUCACUUUGACUGCACAUCAAACUAGGCUGUGUGAGGGCACAAGCUUCAGCAAGGGGAGAGGGAACAGAGAGUGAGUGAGUGAGUGAAGGAGAGAGAGAUAGAGUGAGAGAGAGAGAGAGAGAGAGAGAGAGAGAGAGAGAGAGAGAGAGAGAGAGAGAGAGAGAGAGAGAGAGAAAGAGUAAACGCAAGGCUUUACAUGCACAUAUUCACACAGAACACCCUGAAUUCCCAAAGCCCGAGAGGGAGGCACAGAGAAAGCAAGGUCACUCUAGAGCAGAAAAAUCAAAGGUUGACCAGAAGUAAAGAUCCUUCUUGUUGUGGGAUUAAGGAAAUGGGAACUGUGGAUCAGGAAGUCCUGGUUUGAUUCAGAGGACACCAAAUUUGAUGCAAAAUUCUUGUGCCAGUUAAGGCAGAGCAACACCUUUAAUUAGUGAAAACAUGGAGAAACUCUCAGGCAAAGACAAGGAGCUGAUCCGGGACAGCUGGGAGAGCCUCGGCAAGAACAAAGUCCCUCACGGCAUCGUCAUGUUUACCAGGUUGUUUGAACUGGACCCAGCUCUGCUGAACCUCUUUAACUAUAAAACCAAGUGUGGAGUAGUGCCCGAGUGUCUGUCUAGCCCUGAGUUCCUGGAGCAUGUCACCAAGGUGAUGGUGGUGAUUGAUGCAGCUGUCAAUAAUCUCGACGACCUGGAUUCUUUGGAGGAAUUUUUGUUGAACCUGGGCACGAAGCACCAAGCUGUUGGCGUCAAAACCCAGUCCUUCGCUGUGGUUGGAGAGGCCCUGCUUUACAUGCUGCAGUGCAGUCUUGGAACAGGCUACACAGCUGCACUGCGCCAGGCUUGGCUCAACAUGUAUACUAUCGUGGUGGCUGCCAUGACCAGAGGUUGGGCAAAGAACGGAGAACACAAGUCCAACUAAGCAGUGGUAGAACAUAGAGAAAGAUUUAGCCUAAAGUUGGGCCAGAGACAACCUUGUAGUCAGUGCUUUGGGCCGAGUCGUGUGCUCACAUGCCAAGUAUCUCUAACAUAUGACAUCUGAUAUAUUUGUAGUUAAAGUGGUUAGAGAUGAUGAGUACUAUCGGUGCAAUAAUUUGUAGGUUUGAUCGUUUGAAAUACAGACAACACAAAGAUGAAACAGUUAAAGGCUGAGGCUUCACAACUGGAACUUGCCUUGUAUAUAAUGGCUUGAUGUGUCUCCAAUCUCUAAUGGCUGUUGUGCUGUUUUUGAUGUUUCUUACAUAAAUGUCAUGAAACAGAGAUUUGACUAUGCACCAUCAGCCUGUUCAACUUGGAGCAACAAUGGCUCGACUGUUUUGUCUCUUGAAACUAAAACCACAUCCCAAUCUACAAAGCUUUCUGAUUGUUGUCAUCGAAAUGAUUAGAAACCUUCGUAUGAUUCAUAAACAUUCUCUACUUUUUCCCAAGUGUGAAAGUAUAAUGUUCUCUGUAACAAUAUGGUAAGAAGAAGUAAGCAAUCAGUAACGGUUUUCAGGAAAAAAGGUAAUCUUCAAUAUCAGUAUUAUUAUUACAUGUGAAAAACCAAUGCUAAGAAUCAUUACAAAUAAUACGAUUUUUAAGACUGUUCGUUUCUGUGCCACAUAUUGAUCUUACAUUUUGUUAUUCAUUUUUUCGUUAUUCAACAAAACACGAGAAGAGACUGUUACUUAACACGAAGAGACUGUUAUGUCAUAUACACUGAUCCAAUUACACUGAUCCAGCACUGAUCCUGCGUAAUUGAUCAUCUCACUGACAAUAAGUUAACCAGUACAUUACAAAUUAAGUUUGUAAAAAGGUUUUUCAUUUAUUUUAGCAAGCACUGCUUUUGAAAGUUAUUUAUUGUUGAAUGACUGUUUUAAAUGGCUUUCACGUUGCAUAAACGGCAAUGGUGACGGACGCCUUUAAAUGUGAGCCCUAAGAUGUUAAAAAGCGAUGAUUUCCUGUUUGCUGCUAUACAUAUUUUAAAAUUCUCUCAAUAGUACUACAGAAAUAUGGUUCUCUUUAUAUAAGGAAUAUUACUACAUUUAAUAAUAAUGCCAAGCAUCUUAACAUGUGCCAAGUUACAAUGACUUCAUGUAAACCAUUACGCGUUAUUCUGCACAACUUUAUAUUCAAGGUACGUUCAUGUUGUGUGGUUCUUCUUUCUUGGUGUUAUACUAACUACUGUAUUUACAGCCUAUUUUUGUAUUUUGGUGUAUGUGAAUAGGUAUUGAUAUACUGUUACUAUUACAUGGUGGUGCAGUAUAACAUUCUUGUGUAACAUACUUUUUUUCACUCUCAAUUCUGGACUGCAUUGAUUCAAAGGGAUGUACUGUAGGCUUUGAGAUGUCACUGACACUGACAGAAAAUGAUCUGAUUUAAUUGAACCUAAAUUAGACACAUUUAGACAUAAUUAAAAUGUCCCUUUACUGAAUCUUUUUAAAUGUACUGUUUUAACUCCUUGAACCUUUGGUAGUGUUCAACGGUAACCUCUGGGUUAUUAUAGAGUUGUUCUUAUCUUAAAGCUUAAGUAUUCAGUAACUACAGUGAAAUUAAUAGUAUUAUAUGUAAUGAUGGAUAUAAAUCUGGGCCUGUGGAUGGUUCCUGAGAGUUUAUGGGGUUAAAGUGUAAAUAUACUCACAGCACUAUAAACAAACUUGUUAUGGUCUUUAUCUAUUUAUCCAUGAACUGUUGUUUGAGUGUAUUGCUAUAUUUGAUGCAGUAAUGUUCUUAAUUUUCUCGAUAUUCUGUAACUGAAGUGGAUGUCUACCUCACUCAUGUAGCUGCUGAGAACAGCGAUGAUAUGACCUGACUCCUCAACCAAAAAAUACUCACGCUUCACAAGCACUGUACAUCUUGUGUUCCUUCAAACAUGCUGUAACACACAUUAGUGGGCUCUGUCAAUCUUUUCUGUCAGGAUUUGUUUAGAGCUCAUGUGUUCAAAUGACAUGAAUAAAGAAUACUCAAUGUGUCA